AUGUUAUACUCAACUACACUCGAGUCGCUGGGUGAGGACAGCCCGAAGGCUGGAUUCACUCACAAGCUGCCCCCAAGUCCACCAGCAGACGGAUCUCAGCCUCCCUGUAUAAUCGACGACGUUGUACAGAACUUGGUGCGGGAUGCGCCAGAUGAGCCCCUCGUUGGCUAUCCAAAGAGUGCGCAUGGUGUUAGCGACUAUGAAUAUUAUACCCCGCGUGACCUGCACAGGUUCGCCAACGGCGCUGUCAAGCGCUUGGGGUUAGCGGGUCUUCCAGAGUUCUCUCACCCCAUGGAGAACCGUGUUAUCUCUAUCCUCGGCCCCUCAAAUCUCGACUACAUCGUGUCCCUCUUCGCAUUGUCUCGAAUGGGAUACAGCAUUCUGCUACUUUCCACCCGCCUCAGCACCGAGGCAUAUUCCAACCUACUGGCUCUAACCAAAUGUACUCACAUCGUAUACGCACAGUCCAACAAAACGGCGGUCGAAAAAGUGGUGGAGCAGGCACCUGUGUCCACGUUUUUAAUCCCGGGAUUUUCAGACUACUCCAAGGAGCCAUCGAGUGUACCCUCACAGGCAUAUCAGACACCACAAGCUUCCCAAAAAUGGGCUUUUAUUGUCCAUUCUUCCGGUUCCACUGGUCUUCCCAAGCCGAUCUUCCAAACCCAUGGGGCUUGCAUCUCCAACUACAGUACGAGCAAGGGCUAUCGAGCCCUACUCACUCUGCCACUCUUCCACAACCAUGGUCUAUCUACUUUCUUCCGCUCACUCUUCAAAAGGAAACGAAUCGCAAUUUACAACGCCAACCUGCCGCUGACUGGGAAGAAUGUGUUGGAAACGAUGAAAGUCGCUGCCCCAGAGAGCUUUCACGGCGUGCCGUACGUCUUAAAGCUCCUGAGUGAAACGGACGAGGGGGUCAAUGAACUGGCAAAAUGUGAACAAGUACUCUUCGGAGGCAGCAGCUGCCCUGAUGCUCUUGGUGAUCUGCUAGUAAAUGCCGGCGUCCGGCUGAUCAGCCACUACGGAGCCACUGAGCUAGGACAAUUGAUGACAUCCGCACGACCCCCAGAAGACAAGGCUUGGAAUUACGUUCGGCCACUGGCAAAUGUGAAGCCUUUCCUGCAAUUCAAGCUUAUUGAAGACGGCUCCUACGAGUGUAUCGUUCUCGAUGGACUGCGAUCCAAAGUCGCUUCCAACUCUGACGACCCUCCAAACUCUUUCCACACCCGCGACACUUUUCUCAAGCACCCCUCUAUCCCUGAUGCCUGGAAGUACCUAGGCCGCAUUGACGAUCGGGUCACUUUGGUGAAUGGAGAGAAGGUUCUUCCUGUCCCGAUCGAACAUCGUAUCCGACAAAGCAUUUUCGUCAAGGAUAACCUCGUGUUCGGUGUGUCAAAGCCACUUCCUGGGUUGAUUGUGGUGCCUAGCGUCGAGUCUGAGGGACUCUCAUCCGAGGAAAUCCUGGAUCGAGUCUGGCCCGAUAUUGAGGCAGCCAACGAAAAUGCCGAAGCGUUCAGUCAAAUAUCACGCAAUAUGGUCAUCAUUCUGGAUCACUCUUGCUCAUACCCAAUGACUGAUAAGGGAACCAUGAUCCGGAACAAGUGUUAUAUGGAGUUCGACGAUCUCAUUCAAGCUGCGUAUGCGCGAUUCGAAAAUGGCGGUGGCAAUGACGGGCCCCGUCGUGUUUUACAGUUGCCGGAAUUGACAAGCUUUGUGCUGGAUAAGUUCCGCAAGGAUCUUGGCUUCUCCGAUAUCUCAAUUGACACCGAUCUGUUCGAGGCCGGCGUCGACAGCUUACAAGCAAUCAAGGCGCGUGGUAUUUUCCAGUCACAGAUUGACAUCGGUGGUGCCUCUCUCGCGCACAAUGUUGUCUUUGACUGCGGCACCAUUGAAAAGCUGGCCAAGCAUCUGAAUGCGCUACGCACCGGAGAAGACUGCGUUGAUGAGAGCGAGUUGGAAGCAAUGUCACAAAUGGUCACUCGAUAUUCAACCUUUCUCAAUCGGCCAUCUAGCGAUCAAGUGGUGAUCCUCACGGGUACUACCGGGUCAUUAGGUGUAUACAUCCUCUCUCAACUAUUACACAAUCCUUCAGUGAAAAAGGUUUUCUGUCUUGUGCGCGCAACCUCCGAGCACAACGCGCUAGAUCGCGUGCUUUCGAAUUGCCGCAUUCCCUUCGACCCUCGGGAAAGAGACCUAGGUCUUCCAUCCACCAUCCUCGACGAACUGCGUAAUUCGUUGACACAUGUUAUUCAUUCAGCCUGGGCCGUAAACUUCACGUUGGGCGUUCGCAGUUUUGAGCAACAACAUAUCAGGGGCAUUCGGAACCUGAUCAACCUUUGUCUAUCGAGUCGCCGAUCUUCACCCGCUGAAUUUUACUUCUGCUCUUCGAUCUCUGCGGCUGCCGCGACACCUCUUCCGGCCAAGAUCGCGGAAGGUCCCAUCCCUGAACUUGCACAUGCCCAGAAUAUGGGUUACGCUCGGUCGAAGCUUGUGGCUGAGCGGAUUGUUCAUGCCGCCGCGCUGACUACUGGAAUGGUAGCGAAGAUUCUCCGAAUUGGACAGAUCGUUGGAGACACUGCCACUGGAUAUUGGAACCCAACUGAGGCGAUCCCACUUAUGUUGCAGACCGCCAAGACGUUGGGGGCGUUGCCAGCGCUAGAUGAGACCCCGGCAUGGCUUCCUGUUGAUGUGGUUGCCAGAUCCAUUUUAGAGCUAAGUGGGAUCGUCUCCAAUGACACGGCCAAGGCUCUUGCUCACGACCCCAGCGUAGUCUACCAUGUUCAGAAUUCCAGGACUUUCCGAUGGACGGAGGAUCUCUUGCCCGCUCUACAGCAGGCGGGCUUGAAGUUUGAUAUCCUUCCCAAGAGGGAAUGGGUGCAGCGUCUGCGUGAAUCCGAACAGGAUCCGCAGAAAAACCCAACGAUCAAACUGCUGGGUUUCUUCGCCGAGAAAUAUGACAACGACGCCCCUGGUCGCUCAGGGCUAUCAUUUGCCAUGGAGAGGACGGAAAGCGCGAGUCCUUCGCUGGACAGUGGUGUAGAAUUGAUUGAUUCUGGCUUAAUCAAGAGAUUUGUGGAUGCCUGGGCACCGCGGUGGUGA